UUCCUGGCCCCGCCCCCCUCCAGCCGCUCUACCCGCCGAUCGUCUCGUUGGUCGGCGCUCGGAAGCCGCAGGCCGGGCGCGAGAGGCGGAGCAGCAGCCCGAGGGCGGCGCGGUGGGCUGGUCUGGGCCUCCAGCUCGCCGCUGCGUCGUGGUCGCGCAGCUCAGCGGCCUGAGUGCUGGGCUAUUGCUCUUUCCCGACCGGGUUCCGAGGACGGCGCCUCCCCGAGCGCAGGGCCCUGCACCCUGACUUGGGUUCCACUACGCCAGAGAUAACGCCCACCCAGCCCCGGCUCCUCACCGCAUUUUCCCUUCCCGGCCUAUUUAGGCCCUUCUUCCCCAAGGUUGUGGCGUCAGGGCUCCCGCGAGUUUCGGAUGAGCCUAUAACAAUAUUUAGAAAUGGGACUCUGGAACCUGGGAGUACCGAAGAGACACCCUUAGGGCUCCCUGUCGCCGGCUUCUACAUUCUUCUCAAGUUGAGGAUCCCUUUCCUGUCCCCUUAAACUCACUACCGCCUGAGGUGUCAUGACCCCCAGGCCAGGGGGCGAGUGGAGCUCCGCCCUGUCCCACCUGGCGCUGGGAGCAGUGUCUCUACACGCAGCCCUGAGCACUGCCCAGGCAAAUCGAGGGGCCGCUGCUGGUUUCUUGCUCCAGGCCCUGGCCGCCGCCAUCAUGCUGGCUUCAGGGCUGGGCACGGAUGAAGACUGUCUUGCUGGAGCCUGGGUGGCCACUGUCAUUGGCCUGCCCCUUCUGGCAUUCGAUUUCCACUGGUGUACUAACGGUCACUUGAUGUGCGCUGGCUGUUUUAUCCACCUACUAGCAGAUGCCCGGCUGAAGGAGGAGCAGGCCACGUGCCCCAACUGUCGUUGUGAGAUCAGUAAGAGCCUCUGCUGCCGCAACCUGGCCGUGGAGAAGGCCGUGAGCGAGCUGCCCUCAGAGUGUGGCUUCUGCCUGUGCCAGUUCCCCCGCUCCAUCCUGGAGAGGCACCAGAAAGAGGAGUGCCAGGACAGGGUGACGCAGUGCAAGUACAAGCGCAUCGGCUGCCCGUGGCACGGCCCUUUCCACGAGCUGACGGUGCAUGAGGCCGCGUGUGCCCACCCAACCAAGACAGGCAACGAGCUGAUGGAGAUCCUGGAUGAGAUGGACCAAAGCCACCGCAAGGAGAUGCAGCUCUAUAACAGCAUCUUCAGUCUGCUCAGCUUCGAAAAGAUCGGCUACACAGAGGUCCAGUUCCGGCCAUACCGCACAGACGACUUCAUCACGCGUCUGUACUAUGAGACGCCUCGGUUCACAGUGCUGAACCAGACGUGGGUCCUGAAGGCACGCGUGAACGACUCGGAGCGCAACCCCAACCUUUCGUGCAAGCGCACCCUCUCCUUCCAGCUCCUGCUCAAGAGCAAGGUCACUGCACCCCUGGAGUGCUCCUUCCUGCUGCUCAAGGGCCCGUAUGACGACGUGAAGAUCAGCCCCGUCAUCUACCACUUCGUGUUCACCAACGAGAGCAACGAGACGGACUACGUGCCGCUGCCCAUCGUUGACUCCGUGGAGUGCAACAAGCUGCUGGCCGCCAAGAACAUCAACCUGCGGCUCUUCCUGUUCCAGAUUCAGAAGUAGGCGGCCCCACCCACGCCUGCUGCCACGGCUGCACCGCGCCCUUGCCCAUCUCAGCAGAGAAGGGAUGGAAGCGAACCCUGGGACGUCUGCAUGUGUGUGCGAAGGUGGGAGCCCCCUCGCCCUCUGCCCCACCUCCCCUGUCCUGGGCGCUGGAGGCUGGGCCCCCGAAGAGGAGACGCUGCUCGGGGACCCGAGGGGUGUGGCGUGGCUCAGCAGCCUGGCCCCAGCCCCAGCGUGCAGUGGGCCCCAUGCCUGCUCUGGGCUGCACACCGGACCACCUACAGCUCCUGGGCCGGGCUCGGGGGCACUGACCACAGACAGCAUAUUUGAUUGCAAUUAAAAAGGCACCCUUGUUUCCUA